AAAAAAAUGAGGGAAGUUCGUUUGUGGUAGGUCGUUCCUCCUCAAGUGACGAUAUGUUUUUGUCGUAAUGUAUGGUCACUUCACUGGACAAGAAGCACUUCUGUAGUAACAAUCACAACGAAUUUUUUAAAUUAUGGAUGAAACAGAGUUACGGCCCAACCUUGGUAGAUUUGUGGACAUAAUCAAUAGACCAGUAUGUGAAUCCGUAACGGUUGAGGAUUUAAAGCCCAACGGUGUUUAUCAACCACCACACUUGACCCCAGUCUUUUUCGAGGAAAGCAAGAAAAAACCGUCAAUAGAACGAGCCAAGUUGAGAGCAGCUCGGUUUAUUUUAGAAGACACUGAUUUAAAUGAAUCAGAUUUGCCUAAAGAAGUUUAUUUUGGAUGUGGUUCCGAAGAAAUUUUUACACGAAGAAAAAUGAAAGAAAAACAGAAUUAUGAAGAAGAAAACUUUACUCGUUUGAAAAUAACAAAACAAGAAAAACGAAUUGAACGCUCUUUACUCCCAAAAGGUUUAUCCGAUACUUCCUCAAGACUGAGACAAAUGCAAAUACUUUUACAAAGUGUGGUAGAAUUUCCCUUAAAUAAAGUGCUUAGUUAACCUUUAAUUCACAGAAAAGACAUCAAAUAUCUUGACUUGCUAAUAACUUUUCCUGAUUUCUUCUCUUACAAUAUAGCACUCCAAACUAAUCAUGAACAACUACACUAGCAUUAUCUAAACAAAUAAGACCAUGAUUUAAAUUUUAAAUUAAAGACAGGAGUUUCUCAGAGCUUUUGAUUACUGUUGAUUUCAUGGUACCUUCGCUUGAUAAAUGAGCUUUGGAAAGUUCUGACUUUAUUUACAAAAUCUCCAAAUUUUAUUGAAUUUGUUCAUCUAACUUUCCCUAGUUUUAUUGAGGCUGAAAGAAACUCGAAAUGUGUACGGCGAUACAGUUAUUUAUUUUUAGGUAUUUUACCGUUCGCUCUGUUGUUCGCUCCUAAACAUUUGCCAUCAAAAUGUUCAGUACUUGAUUAGUUGUUGGUUAAUGUACCAUACGAGGUUAGGAAAAUGAUGAAGUGUGGAUCUAUAUGGUUUAUAUACAUUCGAAUGCAUGUAAUCAGGCUGUAUUUAAUUACAUGAAACUGUAGUGGUCAGCAGAAGGUUCGCAAGUAGCAAGAUAAGUUCUGGAUUUUUAAAAAUGUUAUUCACUAUAGAGUAAGUAUACUCACUUUCCUUUACCUGUUAACUCCGCCUGUAGCUCUUCUAGGGCCCCUGCUGGUCUCAAGCCCCAGGUAAAGGAGGAGGGUCGGGCAUGUGGUUGGCAACCCCACCCCGUAGAAAACAACCUUGCUAAAAAAUCGCUAACCAGAAUAAACAAUUUGAACCAUUCAAAAUUUGCCCUGGGAGUUGAAGGAAGAAUUAUGACGCCUCAGGAUGAAAGCCGAGAUUCUUCGCAAGACACAAGAGCGAUGUCUCUUCUAACAACCAGAGCAACAAUUUUUAUAGGUACAUGGAAGGUCCAGAUAAUGUGGGAGACCGAGAAGUCCAGUCAAAUAGCAAUAGAAAUGAGGAAAUACAAAUUGGCCGUUCUCGGAAUAGGUGAAACCUAUUGAACUGAAGCUGGAUAGAAUAGGAUAGAUUCGGGAGAGAUGUUGCUUUACUCUGAUCAUGAAGAAAAUGCUCUGCACACAGGAAGUUCCUCUAAUACUGUUCGAAAAUCACGAAAAGCACUUAUAGGAUGGUAAUCUCAUGGAUCCGGGAUCAUCAAAACAUCCUUAAAAACUCAGGCAACUUCCUGAGUAUGCAGAGCAUUUUCUUCAUGAUCAGAGUAAAGCAACAUCUCUCCCGAAUCUAUCCUAUUCUAUCCAGCUUCAGUUCACCUAUUCCGAGAACGGCCAAUUUGUAUUUCCUCAUUUCUAUUGCUAUUUGACUGGACUUCUCGGUCUCCCACAUUAUCCGGACCUUCCAUGUACCUAUAAAAAUUGUUGCUCUGGUUGUUAGAAGAGACAUCGCUCUUGUGUCUUGCGAAGAAUCUCGGCUUUCAUCUUGAGGCGUCCAAAGAAGCACGAAAAGCACUUAUAGGAUGGGAAUCUCAUGGAUCCAGGAUCAUCAAAGCAUCAUUCAAAACAAAGAAGGGGAUUACAAUGAAUGUUAUCCAAUGUGAUGCACCCACCAAUGAUAGAAAUGACGACAAUAAAGAUCAACUGUAUGAGAAGCUGCAGUUGAUCACAGCGAAGUACUUAGGAAAAGACCUAGCAAUCCGGAUGGGAGAUCUAAACGCCAAAGUCAGUAUGAACAACAAGGGCUAUGAAGAUAUCAUGGGACGACAUGAACUAGGAGAAAGGGACGGGAAUGGUCAAAGAUUUGCAAUUCUAUGUGCAUUCAACAAAUUGGUCAUAGGCGGCACAAUAUUCCCACACAAACUCAUACAUAAAGCUACUUUGGUCUCAUCGGACUACAUCACGGCGAACCAGAUAGAUCAUAUUUGUAUCAGUAAAAAAUUCAGAUCAGUGGGAGACGUGAAAACCAGGAGAGGAGCUAACAUAGAUUCAAAUCACCACCUAAUGGUUACCAAGAUGAAACUGAAGCUAAAGAAGCAAUGGACAACUGGAGAAACAGUGUUGCAAAGAUUCAAUACAACCUUCCUUCCAGAUACUGGCAAACUUAACGAACUUAAGAUAGCUCUCAACAACAGGUUCCAAGCCUUACAGGAUCUACUGAAAGAAGAAACUACUAUGAAGGACAACUGGAAAGGGAUCAAAGAAGCAAUAACUUCAACGUGUCAGGAGGUUCUGGGCCACAACAAGCAUCAUCAUGAGGAGUAGAUCUCCAUCGAAACCCUGAAUAAGAUUCAAGAGAGCAAGAACAAGAAGACAGCAAUUCACAAAAGCCUAACGAGAACAGAAAAUCAAGGCACAAACUGAAUACACAGAAGCAAACAAGCGAAUGAAUAAGAGCAUUAGAGCCGACAAGCAGAAAUACAUGGAGGAUGACAGCGGAAAAAGCUGCAAGAGAAGGAAAUAUAAAACAACUAGGUGACACGACGAAGAAACUGGCAGGGAAAUAUGGUAAACCAGAGAAAACUGCCAAGGACAAAGAAGGCAAGACAAUCACUGAAAGGAUAGAGGAACACUUCGAGGAACUCUUGAAUAGAACAGCUCCAUCCAAUUAACCAGAAAUCGAAGCAGCACCUACAGAUGUCACUCCACCAACGAUCGAUGAAAGCAGGAUGGCUAUGGGACAAAUCAAAAGUGUGAAAGCAGCAGGACCUGAUAAUAUACCAGCCGCAACUCUGGAAUCAGACAUAGAAGCAGUUGCAAACAUUCUUCACGUUCUAUUUAGGAAGAUUUUGGGGGACUGGAAAGAAGGAUAAUUCAUCAAGAUACCAAAUAAUGGAGAUCUGAGCGAAUGUUAAAACUACAGAGGCACCACACUACUGUCAAUACCAUGAAAGGUUUUGGACAGAGUGUUGCUGAACUAAAUGAAAGACUCACUAGACACCCAACUUCGAGAUCAACAGGCUGGAUUCCGUAAGGAUCGGUCGUUCAUAGACCAGAUCGCGACACUACGGACCAUCGUCGAACAAUCGAUUAAGUCGAAGUCGUCAUUAUGUAUCAACUUCAUUGGCUUUAAGAAAGUAUUUGACAGUGGAUAGGAGAAUAUUGUAGAAACUUCUUCAACAUUAUGGAGUACGUAAGAAAAUCAUCAACAUCCGGAAUUCAUACGAUGAAAUACAUUGCGAAGUCGUGCGCGGAAGACAGCUGACAGAUGGAUUCCAAGCGAGGGCCGGAGUCAGAUAAGGCUGCCUACUCUCCCCCUUUCUCUUCUGGUGGUUGACUGGAUUAUGAAGACCUCCGCAUUAGAGGGGAUGCACGGAAUACAAUGGACAGCUUGGAUGCAACUAGACAAUUCGGACUUCACAGACAACCUAACUCUUCUAUCCCAUACAUACCAGGAAAUUCAGGUCGAGAUAAACAGUGUAGCAGCUGCCUCUACAUCAGCAGGUCUCAAUAUAAACAAGAUCCUCAAAUACAACAUUAAGAACACCAACCCAAUCACACUUGAUACAGAAGAUGUGGAAUCUUUCAUGUACCUGGGUAGCAUCAUCGAUGAACAAGGAGGAUUAAAUGCAGAUGUAAAGGCAAGGAUUGGCAAAGCAAGGACAGCAUUCCUACAUUUGAAGAACAUAUGGGACUCAAAACAACUGUCAACUAAUAUCAAAGUCAGAAUCUUCAAUACGAACGUCAGGACAGUUUUACUGUACGAAGCUGAAACUUGGAGAAUUACUACAACCAUCAUCAAGAAUAUACAAGUAUUUGUAAACAACUGUCUGCGAAAGAUGUUCAAUGUCCAUCGGCCGGAUACCAUCAGCAACAGUCUACUGUGGGAGAGAACAAACUAACUUCCAGCUGAGGAGGAAAUUAGGAAAAGAUGUUGGAAGUGGAUAGGACACACAUUGAGGAAAUAAUCAAACUGCAUCACGAGGCAAGCACUUACUUGGAAUCCUGAGGUGAAACGAAAAAGACGGAGGCCAAAGAACACAGUGCAUGGGGAAUCUGAAGCAGACAUGAAAAGGACGAAUGGCAACUGGAAAGGAUCGCCCAGGACAGUGUUCGUUGGAGAAUGCUGGUGAGCGACCUAUGCUCCUCCUCUACGAUGGUUAACAGGCGUAAGUCGUCUGCCUCUUUAAAGUUUCAUUUACUCUAUUGCGUGGUGCAUAAUGCUUUUGGUGCCCAUUUGUAUCAGUACUUGUGUUUAAAUAUAUGACUAAUAAUCAGCAAUCAAAAACGACCCGUGUCGACUGUUUUUCAGCCUUAUUCCCUAAAUAAUUUACCAUUUGGUCUACUGGUCGGUUGCUACUUUGAUAUCAGUGUCCAGUUAAAGCGUCAUUUAUAUUUUUGAUAACUAGUAUCACAGUCACGUAUUAUUAGUAGUCCUCUUCCCUUUGUGAUAACUAACAUUCAGGUGAUGUAUUUAGACAUUGUUAACUUGUAGUAAAUCAAUAAAUAUAUUUCUGCUAAUCUUGUAUACACAUUUUAAAAAAAACGUAGUCGGAUGAAGAAUUGGAAUAUAAACCGCCCCCAACAAAGGUGAGGUUUGUUGUUAUAAUUAACGAUUGAAAUUUAGAAAAAGAAGAAACAGCUGAAGCGUUUAAGACGCAAAAAAGGACGUCGGAAAAGAAACUAGUUUAUGUCUUUGUAUUUACAAAUGCUCUCCUGAAAUACAAACUAAAUUUUAUUCUUCAUGUUUUAGGACUAAAAGUUGUCCUUACAUACGAAUUCAUAACUAAAUUGUGAAAGUUGGCACAGUGUAAAUGCGUUAAAUAUUUUAAAUUUAAGGAUUCUUUCUCACCAAUCUGUCACUGGUUUCCUUUUAGAGUGUAAGGAUACUGAUGAGAGGCUCCCGGAUGCCCAGGUACCGCCGAGGGUGAGGAGAGUCCGCUCUCCCUCACAAAAUAUUCUCACAUGGCUACGCGUAUACAGCCAUUGCCAGGGAAGUCUUACUCACUGCCUUCUCGUGACGGGCGUGUUGUUUACGAAAUUCAGAAGACAAGAAGGGAAUUUCCGGUGCUUUAACCGGGUUGUGAUGGUCAAGGAAUUUUUUUUACAAAAUCAGAAAGUUAUCACUAGUGAGCGCCAGCCCUUCCUUGUGUCGUGUUCCACGUCAUAAAAUCGAGAUUUAUUUAAACUUAGGAAACCUCAUUCCCAAAUGAUUACACAUUUUUAUUUACAGUUAUCUAAAAGGAAUUGGCGACAUUAAAGUACAAUCUCAUUCGUUUUAAAGGUUAAUCAGUUUUCAGUUCAUCUUUUUCAAGUAGCUCUCCAUACAUUUCCUAAGUAUAUGCGUUUGCCAUAUCCUUGAAAACAUAUUAUUUUAGUUGGUUGAGUGGACUAUUGGCACUGGUUCAGUGACUUUUUAUAAGCCCGUUUUCAAUAAAGUGCGAGGAAUUAUUGGAAUUUUCAAUCCUGGGCGUUUUAAAAUUCAUUCUUCGGUGUAUCAAAUUAAUAUUCAGUUGUACGUCAUACAAAAGUAUUACGAUAGUAUAAAAAAGCACAAAUAUACCAUUAGAGCAUUCGGAGCUAUCCAUAGGAGAAACUGCUAAUGGAUCUUACUUUCCAAUUUGGAAUAGUUUUACUGUUCGUAUAAGAAACAAAAGCUUCAAUAUGGUCAGUGUAUUAAAGUAUGCAAUGAUAUAGAGACAACAGUUACUGAUAAUGGUAACCGCUUUUACCUUAAUGAAAGUGUCAUGUGUAGUUGAGAUUUGCACGUUAAACGUCUACUGGUUAGGUGAUGGUUGAUUUUGGAUCGUAUAUCUUCGUCACUUGCGCAACCACUGAGAAUGACUGGGAGUACACGCUUCUAAGUAUCUUUAAAGCUAUCGUAUACACGAACGUACGUUACAGACUACAGACACAAGUGUGUCAUUAUUAUAUUCCUCAUUUAUAUGAAUAAGAAUAUUCGCUCAAAUCCAAGACCUGUUGCUGUUUGAGUACAACAAUAGGUGUGUUUCGUUUGCGGUCAUAAGACUUGAAACUGCUCAAAGCAUUUUUAAAAGCUGUAUAUUGAGAUUCUAUAUCAUUAACUACGUAGUAAAUACUUCACUUGUUAUAGAAAGGACUUCUGUUAAGUUUAUUUGUAUAGUCUAGAGGAACCUUGUUUACAACUGGUUGUAUAUUAAUUCAUUUAAGGUAUUAAGACUACAUAUUUCCAAACUGCGCUUAGAAAGCUGGUCGGAUUACUUACUUCUAAGGACGAAUUUCAAUAGGUUCUAACUUGGACAGCCAUCACUACAAAUCUAUCAUCAUGACAUUAUAAG